AUGAACCCGCACAUCUCGAUACCGCGACAGCAUGGGGGAACGCCGAGCUUCGGGGGGACGACGCCCGCGGGUCGGUCGGAGGGGCUACGGAUGCCGCGGUUCUUCAAGAGAUUGUUCAAGUUCCCCCAGAUGGAUUUCGAGAUGGCGACGUGGGAGAUGACGAGUCUCCUGAUCGCGCCCAAGAAGGUCUUCCGGUCCAUCUACUAUCACGUAUAUACCACCCAUCGUCCCCCAUCUCCCACGCAAAAGCCGUCGGCUAACAGUGGCCCCUUUCAGAAACAAACGAAAAACACAUGGCACCGCCCCGAUCCCUCCUUCACCUACCUGCUCUCCUUCUUCAUGCUCCUCACCGGCAUCGCAUGGGGCAUCGCCUACACGGACACGGUCGGCGCCACGGUGCGGCUCAGCCUGCUGUUCGUCUUCGUGCACUUCCUGGCCGUGUCGCUGCUGGUGGCGACGGCGGCGUUCUUUCUGGUGGGCCGGCUGCUCGGACCGGGCAUUGCGGGCUUUCCGGGGAGGAGGAGACGGCAGGGGCUGUUUACGCAGGCGGGGGAGGGGGAACAGUUGGAAUUUGGGUAUUGUUUCGAUGUCGCUAUACGAGCGUUCUUUCCGGUCUGGGUAUGGUUGUACGUCAUGCAAUUCAUCCUUUGGCCGCUGAUAGCGAGGGACAACUGGGUAUCUAUGUUCUUCGGAAACACUUUGUACCUAGUAGCGUUGGGCUACUAUACCAUCAUCUGCUUCCUGGGAUACAACGCUCUACCUUUCCUUCACCACACCGAGCUCCUUCUCUCUCCCUGUUUUGUGUAUGCUAUACUUUGGUUCGCCAGCCUCUUCGGUUUCAACAUAGCGAAGCACGUCGGUCCUCUGCUGAUAACGGGGGCUGGAUGA